CUAAAACCCUUUCUAAGAAUGGCUAAAAGUUUAAAACAUGCAAGUACGCUAAUAUGCACAAGGUUGUGCGUGCUUCAAAAAAAUUCACGGCCGUUACACCCGUUUCCCGUUAUGUAACAUCCGCUACUCCUGCUUCCCGUUACACCCGUUACUGUUACGUUACGCUACCCGCUACCACGAUUUAAAACCAUGGUAUAAAGGUCUCUGCGAAACUCCAGCAAAGUAUUGUCAGCUUUAGCUCAUUGGAUCUUGCAGUUUUGCCUUUUAAAAAACACCUCACAAGGUUGAGCCUAUCUACCCUUAUAUGGUCAAGAUCUCCCUAGUACACACCUAAUGCUAGAAUGUGACAUUAUGACAAUUAAGAAUAGUUGUAAGCAUUAUUUAGGGUACUUAGUGUGGUAAGAUACUCAACACAUUGAAUGUUGAUGUUGAGUGUGUAAGUGUGCAAGUGUUGGUGGUGAGCAAAGGCUAUAAUUGUAAUAAAGGCCACAAUGUUGGUGUUGGAAUUGUUUUUUUGUACUAGUAUUUGGUAUUGCUCGUGUGGUGGAAGUAGAUAUGAUGCAGUGGAAGUGAAUUGGAGGUAGUGGUGGUGUUUAUGGUUCCGUAGUUGAAAAUGUAGUUUAUUGGUAUUUGGUAGCAAAAAAAGCACAAGGCAAUCUUAGUAGUCAAAGGCGUGAGGCGCAGAGGGGCGACAUGGCCAGCACCUCAUCAACGGUAAGGCGAGGUGACCUUUAAGAGGCGCAGGGGAGCGCAUUGAUGCGCCAGGCACCAUGAUGAAUCUAUUAGCCUAUUAAUAAAAGAAAUAACCAAAGCCUUAGCCCUCGUUCGAACCAACUCCUCCUUCUGCAACUCUUCAAGCUAGCACGAAACCAGCUGGCCCUUCUUCUUCGACCCUUCAAAUCAGCAUGACACCAGCAAGAGACCUUCGCUAGUUCUUCUUUGAGCCUUCAAACCAGCAAGAGCUUCAUGAGUUCGUCUUUGAGCCUUCAAACUAGCAGGAGCCCUUUGCGAGUUCGUCUUCCAGCCUUCGAAUCAUUAGGAGCCGUUCGCGAGUUCGUCUUUGAGCCUUUAAACCAGCAGGAGCCUUCGCGAGCUCGUCUUCAAGCCUUCAAACCAGCAGGAGCCCUUCUUCUUCUUCUUCUUCUUCAAUUCUUCUUCUUUUUCAGUUCUUCAUCAGUUUUGCUGCCUGCUGCUUCUUCUUGUAAUAUUAUAUGUAAUUAAUUAUGUAGUUUAAUGCAAGUUUAUAACUAAUAUAUAAUUUUUUUUUUAAAACUGAAUUUAGCUAUUGUUUUUGUAAUUUGUUUGGAAAUGCAGCAUACAAACUAUACAUUUACUCUGCCUCUACAAAGAAAGAUCCUGCAUGGAAGUAUGCACUAUGCACAUUUGGAUGAUAAAAAAAAUAGAAAUAAUUUGACUUGCAAUUUUUGUGGCAAAGUUAGAAGGGGAGGAAUAUUUUGGGUAAAAUAACAUAUUGUCAGAGGAUUUCAAAAUGUAAAAGAAUGCUCUCUAAGUGCCCUGCUCAUGUAUGUGAGGUCACAUUUAUAUUGGACACUGUGUGCUGCCCAUUGCCUCGAUUUAAGGAGGAUAUUGGGAAGAUGCCUUCAAUUCAUAUAACUUUGAAAAGGGAAAUAUUUUUGAAUGAUUAUAUUUAUAAUCGUGUUGGUGUGGUGAAAUGGAUGAGACAGUUUACUGGAGAAAAGGAGUUACCAAGGCAUGUAGUUACAAGAUUUGCAAUUGCCUUCAUCACUCUUCGUUCAAUCCACCUUCAAAAGAACAACUUGAGGAAGAUGUUUACUUGUGAAGAUUGGAAUACUACUAAAUGGGCAAAGGAGACAGCUGGCAAAAGAGCAGCUAGUAUUGUUUUGAUGUCUACCUUUUGGAGUACCAUCGUCUAUGCUCUUAAGUUGACAGGCCCACUUGUACUCUGUUUAGUGGGGGGGGAAAAAACUUGUAAUGGGAUACGUUUAUAUGAAACAAUGGAUAGGGCCAAGGAAGCCAUAGUUAAGGCAUUCGGCGAGAGAGAGGAUAAAUUUAAGGAGGCAUUUGAAAUUAUUGAUACGAGGUGGGGAUGCCAACUCCAUCAACCUUUGCAUGUUGCACACUACUUAAACUCAGAAUUUUUCUAUUCAAACCCUAACAUUUUUGCAAGAUGAAGAAAUUAUGGCGGGUUUGUACAAAUGUAUUGCAAGGUUAGUGACAACCCUUGAAAUGCAAGGUAAAGUUUUACAUGAGUUGGAAAAUUACAAUAGCACUAGUGGCGUCUUUGGAAUUAAUUUGGCAGUGAGACAAAGGAUGAUAAAAGCACUAGGAAGUGACAUUUUUACUACCUCUGUCUUUCUAAAAUUAUUUUUGCUAUUUAGCUACUAGGUAUUCAUUUAAAAUUUAUUUUAUAACAGCGCAAUGGUGGAUGUCAUUUGGAUCAUCAACACUAAACUUGCAAAAGUUUGUUGUGAAAAUCCUUAACCUCACGUGUAGUGCUACCGGCUGCGAAAGAAAUUGGAGCAUAUUCCAACAUCUUCAUAGCAAAAGGAGAAAUAGGCUAUCCCAACAACACUUGAAUGAUUUGGUAUUGGUGAAAUAUAAUCGAACUCUGAGGCAUCGAUACAACAAGCGUGACACCAUUGAUCCCAUCCUUCUGAAGGACAGUGAUGAUAGUAAUGAGUGGUUGAUUGGUAGGAUGGAUGACGAUUCUAAUGAGGAUGAUGAACUUGUGUGUGAAUAUGAUAUUUUGACUUGGGGUUUUGUUGCUAGAGCUGCUGGACUAAAUAACGCCCCACAUGACACUAGAGCAAGAAUAAGUGCAAAUAUGUCAUCAUCGUGUAGAGGAAGAGCUUCAUCCAGCAAUGCUAGGGGCCUAACCACAAUGUUGGAACUUGUAGAUGAGGAUGAGAUCCAAGUGGAUAGUGCAAAGGAGAUAGAAGAGGAAAAAGAUGUUGGAGAAAAAAAUUCUGAUGAAGAAGAGGAAGAUGAUGAUAUCUUUGGCAGACUUAGUUGAUGAUGAGUGAAGACUGAUGAUUGAGGAGGAUUUGAGGAUUUUAGAGUUUGAAAUCUUUUAUUGUACUCUUUUCUUUUGAUGUUGAACUAUGUUAAUGCUUUUGGCCUUCGUCCUGGCAAUUUCAUUAAAUUUCCAAUUUGGUAUUGAAUGUUUUGGCAUUUUAAAUUCUAAUAUUACUAGAUAUUCAUAUGUUCAUAUAUGAAUUACCCCAAGUAGGUGUUUUACACCAUUUUAAUAAUUGUGUGCCUCACCUUCGUGAGGUGCGCGCCUUUGCCUU